CAACGCUCACUAACUGAGUUGCUUUUGGUGGGUAGCCUUCUCCUUCCCGAACGCAGACUCUUCUCUCUCGCCGGGCACCCUCCCCGAACAGCCACUCUCCGGCCCGGCAAAAACUCCUCGCGGCCGCCAUUUUGCUCCUCCUCACGGCCUCGCCACAAUGGGGUCGUCCGAUGCAGGGGUGGGCCAAGAGGCACGGAACGGGGAGCAUCCCCUUGGCACGAGCCCCGAAUCUGGAACCGAAGAACUUUCGGCUUAAGCAACAAAAAGGAGCGGCUUUUACGUGAGCUGGGGCGCCUCCGGCUUCUGUUUUUAUCUCCCCCCCCUCAAAGAGAUGAGGCUGGUGAAAACAAUGAGACUAAAUGAGCGCCUGACACGGCCCUUCCAAGCCCCAGCCACCAUCCGAAGAUUCCCGAGCAGCCAGGUUGCCUUGUUCAGAAACGGGCCGGCCGAUUCGGAGUCCUCCUCAGAGGAGGAACUGGACAUCAUGGAACUGAGAGCGAGGGGGAGAGAGCAACGGAGGAGCGACGCCAGCCGGCAGAAAGUCGGAGACGUGAUGUUGCUGGAGAAGGAAGUCACCGAAGAAGACAGUUUAAAUAAGUUGGCGCUCCAAUACGGUUGUCAAGUUGCAGAUAUCAAGCGGAUCAACAACUUCAUCCGGGAACAGGACCUGUAUGCUCUAAAAUCCAUCAAGAUUCCAGUUAAGGUCAAUGGCAUCUUAACCGAGACGAGCAAAACGUGUUUGGCUUCACAGAGCUCUGGUUUGUUAUCCGUUGAAGUGACUGAAUUGCCAAGUGCAGGGAACAGCUCAGCAGAUCAGCACAUUGAUCAGUAUUUCCGAGGGAUUGACCACAAUAUCGAACAAGCGGCACAGGCCAAAACCUGUUUCAGCUCAGACUAUUGCAUAGAAACGCCAAACUGGUCGCCUCCAGGGCCGAAGACGCCCACCAGCGGAGCGGAUUGUGGGAUCCAGUGGUGGAACGCUGUCGUUGUUAUGCUUUUGGUUGGAAUCGUUUUGCCCGUGUUUUAUAUUGUUUAUUUCAAAACACAAGCGUUGGGAGUGGCUGCUGACACCUCCAACACCACCGUUCCCAUCAACAGCUCAUUGCGCGGGUCAGGGACAGAAAUGCCACUCCCUGUUUUAGCAGCUGACCCCCCGCCCACCUCUCAAGCCCCUAAAACAAAAGCUGUCGUCUUGUCAGGAGAAUAAAAAAAAAAUUGGUAAAGGAGCUCGUAAGUGGAUGGACCUGAACUCAAAAAGAGGCUGAGGAGAAAUAGGACUCUUGAAGUCAAGAAAAUAGACAGCGUCUCUGCCGUGCAUUUAAACAUGGUACUGUCCCAAUCAGGUAGGAAAAAGCGGGGUUUGCCAUCUUGGUCAGCAAAAGACUGCCUAACAGCUGCCCUUCAUUUCUCUCUCAAAUACACAAUUCCUUUGGCUGUCAAAAUGGGAUGCCCCGUCGGCCUUACCAAGCAUCAGACUGUUUCAACGAUCAGUUUGGCUGCCGUCGUAUCUGGUUGGUUUCUUGUGUCACUUUUCAGGCCUUUACGGCUGAGGAAGAAGCUCACCACACUUUGGGAAAUUAAAAACAAUUACUUCAGAGGUGAUUUAUUAAAACUCUGUGUCACCACAGCA